CUAUUGACCGUGUCCCACUUCCUCAACGACCCGACUCGUGUCCACCUGCUCCGUCUAGUCGCGACACCCGCACAGCUCUGGUUCGCAGCGAUGGCGAGCCACCGCCGCCUCCGCGACCUGCUCCUCCUCGCCGCGGCGCUCCUGCUCUCCGCCUCCUGCGCCGCCGCCGCCAACUUCGAGUACUGCAAUAAGGGGCGCCACUAUCCGGUGAAGGUGAGCGGCGUCGAGAUCGUCCCCGACCCCGUCGUGCGCGGCCAGCCCGCCACCUUCAAGAUCUCCGCCUCCACCGAUAAAACCAUCACCAAAGGGAAGCUGGUGGUAGAUGUGUGGUACUUCUUUUUACACGUCGAUUCAGAGACUCAUGACUUGUGUGCUGGGACUCCCUGUCCCGCAACGGGCAAAUUCGUACUAGCCAGCGAACAGACUUUGCCAUCUUACACCCCACCAGGUUCUUACAGUCUCCAGAUGAAGCUGCUGGGGGACAAGAACGAGGAGCUGACCUGCAUCUCGUUCGGGUUCAGCAUCGGGUUCGUCGCGCCUGUCGCCAUUAUGUGACCCAAAUAUGUGCCGCGAACCAAACGCACCCUUGGUUGCAGUUGCAAAGAGCUAGCACACCACGUAUGAAUGUACCUGCAGAACUCUCUGAAAUCUGAAUCACCCCGGGUGGGAGAGCAUGUGUUGGACUGAGCCGUUUUAUCGUUUGUUCUGAGUGUCGAA